GUGCGGGCCGGCGGCUGCCCGGCAGGGGGCGCUGGCGGCGGCCCGGGGCGGAGCCCACGCGCCGUCCCGCGCCCGCCGACCGCCGCCCUGCGCCGCCGCCGGAGCCGCAAGAGCCGCGAUGGACGACAUCUUCACGCAGUGCCGAGAGGGCAACGCGGUGGCCGUGCGCCUCUGGCUGGACAACACCGAGAACGACCUCAACCAGGGGGAUGACCAUGGCUUCAGCCCCCUGCACUGGGCCUGCCGCGAGGGCCGCUCCAAUGUGGUCGACAUGCUCAUCAUGCGGGGAGCGCGCAUCAACGUCAUGAACCGUGGCGAUGACACCCCACUGCACCUGGCUGCCAGCCACGGCCACCGCGACAUUGUGCAGAAGCUGAUCCAGUUCAAAGCAGACAUUAAUGCCGUGAAUGAGCAUGGCAACACCCCUCUGCACUACGCCUGCUUCUGGGGACACGACCAGGUGGCAGAGGACCUAGUGGGCAACGGGGCCUUGGUCAGCAUUGCUAACAAAUACGGUGAGACACCCACUGACAAAGCCAAGACGCCGCUGCGGGAAGUCUUGAAAGAGCGCGCCGAGAAGCUGGGCCAGAGCCUGACCAAGAUCCCCUACAAGGACACCUUCUGGAAGGGCACCACCCGCACACGGCCCCGAAACGGGACCCUCAACAAACUUGCUGGAAUAGACUUCAAACAACUGAGCUUGAGCCAAAAACUCAAUGAGAACCAGUCAGGAGAGCUGUGGAAAGGACGCUGGCAAGGCAACGACAUUGUCAUCAAAAUGUUGAAAAUCCGGGACUGGACAACUCGGAAGAGUCGAGAUUUCAAUGAGGAGUACCCGAAGCUGCGGAUCUUCUCUCACCCCAACGUGCUGCCGGUGCUGGGCGCCUGCCAGUCCCCCCCAGCACCCCACCCCAUUGUCAUCAGCCACUGGAUGCCCUAUGGAUCCCUCUACAAUGUGUUACAUGAGGGGACAAACUUUGUGGUGGACCAGAUGCAGGCGGUGAAAUUUGCCUUUGACAUUGCACGAGGCAUGGCCUUCCUGCACACGCUGGAGCCUCUUAUCCCACGCCACCACCUCAACAGCCGCAGCAUCAUGAUCGACGAGGACAUGACUGCGAGAAUCAGCAUGGCUGAUGUGAAGUUCUCCUUCCAAUGCCCAGGGAGGAUGUACGCACCAGCCUGGGUGGCACCAGAAGCCUUGCAGAAGAAGCCCGAGGAAAUUAACAGGCGCUCAGCUGACAUGUGGAGCUUCGCGGUGCUGCUGUGGGAGCUGGUGACCCGCGAGGUGCCAUUUGCAGACUUGUCCAACAUGGAGAUAGGCAUGAAGGUGGCACUGGAGGGGCUACGUCCAACCAUCCCACCCGGCAUCUCCCCACACAUCUGUAAGCUGAUGAAGAUCUGCAUGAAUGAGGACCCAGCCAAGCGUCCAAAGUUUGACAUGAUAGUGCCCAUCCUGGAGAAGAUGCAGGACAAGUAGAGGGAGGUGCCUCCCAGCCACCCGAUGCUGCCAUGCUCCCUUCCCCGCCACCCCCAAGUGCCUUCUUUAACCCCAGAGCCAAGGCGGAGCAGGGACUGCCCCCUCCCCCUGAGCCAGCCACGGACACGGUACAGACAACGCUGCCUUCCCUGGAGCCACUCUGCAGGCUUUGGGCUCUGUAGCACCGAUCUAUGGCAGCACCUCCACCCUCCCUGGCAGCUGUGGGCAGACUGAGCAGGAGGCCUGGCCCAGGGCACUGAGUGCGGCUGGGCUCUGCCGCCCACGAGGCUGGGCUGUGCUGCACAGCCACCCUGCCCUCCCCGGCCCAGAGCAGCUCGCCCCCCCCAAGACAACGCCCAGCCCUGGUGCUCGUCCCUGCUAAGGACAGUGGGGUGAAGCUUGCCUGUUUGCGCCCAGCACCACCCCAGCUUCGCGCUUCACUUUUUAUCGUUUCCAUCCAGGCCACAUGAAAAAGCCGCCAGCAUCUGAAAUAAACAUUUGUUAC